AUGAUUCUCAAUAGACUUUCAAUGGCCUCGAGAACGCCAUUAAGGAUGCAUAUGGCUUCCCUGAUGGCCAGGAACUCUCUUUUACAGCAAAACAGACUGACGCACCAACAAAAUUCGCACCAAACACAGCUAGAUGACGACUCAAAUAAUGACUUUAUGGCCACCAACAAGUGGGCGAAACAUUCUUUGCCUGAUAAAAGCCUACCGCCUCCCCCAGCUCCUGAGCCCGCAAAACCAAUGAAAAGAAGAAGAAGGCAGCUCAAACCGCUCAAAUCCGUGAUUACGCUUACGCCUAACGCUAUACUUCAUCUAAAGCAACUAAUGCAACAACCUGACCCAAAGCUCAUACGAAUCAGUGUGCGGAACCGUGGGUGUUCAGGGUUGUCAUAUCACUUGGAGUAUGUUUCGCAUCCGGAGAAGUUCGACGAACAAGUGGAGCAAGACGGUGUAAAGGUGUUAAUUGAUUCUAAAGCGCUGUUUAGCAUUAUCGGAUCCGAAAUGGACUGGAUAGACGAUAAGCUGAGUUCGAAGUUUGUUUUUAAAAAUCCAAACAGCAAAGGUAGCUGCGGGUGUGGAGAAUCGUUUAUGGUGUAG